UUGACAGAUAUUUGUGUUGACUUCGAUGACAGGUAGCUUGCCAAAGAGGAAUAUAUUGGAAUGCGAUGUGGAAAUUUUCCCAUUCUUAAUGUAUUUGGACAGAACAACUUGAACAGUUCAGUUCGAUACGUCAUGUACGGUUGGACUGUUUUAGUUUCACUACUAAAGUUCUAGGAACCGCUUUCAUUCGGACAACGACUACUUUCACAUUGUCCAUUGUGAUUGUGUGGUUGGGAAGACAAUCACACCUUUGUUUUGAUGUAGACCUAAACUGUGUUUUUAUCGUUGCCCUUUAUAUAUUGUUAAAACAUACCACAACAAUGGCAGAAAACGCGGCACCUGACACAAAGUUUUGUUCAAAUUGCAAGAGGGAUAUAAAUGCCGCCAAUUUUAUGAUGCAUGAGAUGCAUUGUAAACGGCACAUCUCGCUGUGUCAACACUGCCAGGAGCCUAUCCCCAAGGCGGAAAUGGACAUCCAUUUCGAGGAAAGCCAUGCCAAAAUCAACUGUGAAAAAUGUCACCAGCCAGUGGAGAAAAUGAAUUUGGAACAACAUGAGGAGCAAGAAUGUCCAAAGCGUCAAAUGAAGUGUGCUUAUUGUGAAAUGGAUGUGGCUCAACAGGAUCUUGAGGCCCAUCUGGGCUACUGUGGCACACGGACGGAACCGUGUGCUCACUGUGGCCAGUACAUUAUGAUCAAAGAUCAGGUUAAACAUGAGGACAGCAACUGUACAUACCCACAGCCUAAACCAACUAAUGGCAGGGAGUUUAAUAGACAGUUGUCCAAUGGAAAUGGUCCUACCAGCAAUGGGGAAGGAGUUGGUGCAGCCUUUUCUGAUGACAUGCUAUUUGGCACUGGGGAAAUCAAUACUUUUGAGUUUAAGGAGAUUCAGAGGAUUCUGACUAAGCCUGAAAUCAGUGGAGCAGCAGGUCAAAGGGUUCGAGGGAGUCAACAAAGGGACACUGAAAAACCGAAAAAGGCAACAAGAAAGAAAUCCAAUGACAAAAAUAAGAAAUCAGAUCUAAAUCGACUAAGAGAGCAGGCCAGCAGUAGCCAACCAGACACAGGUUCCGCCUACAACGAGGAGCAGGACAGACUUCUAGCUCUGGCUCUAUCCGAGGACCUGCACAACGAUGAAGGCAUUGACCAGUACAUACGUACCAUAGAUAAACCAAGAAUCUCUCUCACUCCAGACAGUCCACUGUAUGAGGAUGGCUUCGGAAAUCCAGCAAACUUACACUCAAGUUUUGGAGAUCUUUCUGUGUUACCUUGUGAGUUUUGUGGCCAUGCUGUUCCAGUGGAUGACCUUGUUAUACAUCAGAGCUCCUGUAUAGAAGAUCCCCUUAGUUCUUUGAUGCCCCAGACAGCUUCCUCAGACACUCCAACCCAAGAGCAAUCAGAGGAUAACCGAUACAGGGGUGCCGCUCCAGAGUGUAGACAGCCUCCCCCAAUCAUCAAUAACCUUGUUCCCGAGUCCUCUGCGCCCCAACAGUGGUUUGAACAGAUGAUCUCACCAGAAGAAGAGAAUUUUGCUGAAGAUUUCCUGCUGCCUUGUGAAUUCUGUGAGGAGUUGUUUCCCCAUGAAAUCUUAGUACAACACCAGGCUGUAUGUACCACUGACAGUGGUAGAGCGACACCAUUGGUCACAACUUCCCCUACAACAAGGAUAGCAGAUCCCUCCAACAGGCGCGGCCAGCCAACAGUGGAGGAACCUUUGUCUUCUCGUGUAAGGAAACGUCAGCCUGCUCCAGAUAUAGCCAGCAUUCUGAGUGAAAGUCCUGACAAUCGGCGUAAACAGCCUGGUACCUCCUCACGAACAAGUUCAAAAAACUUGACUUCACAUUCUCAGCAUCUGAAAUCCACCAUGGAGAAGUAUGGUGUGGCAGCCGAUGAUUCAUACAAGCAGCGGGCAGUGCGUCGGGCUCUGAGGCACCAAAACUCACAUGAGGAGGACGAGGAUGUGUCUCCACGUCCCAGGACCGGGAAGUCAGCGGGAAGAAGGGGCCCCACUACUAAGAAUACUCUUGACAGUCUCCUGCAAGUUGAUCCUCCAAAUCCUGUUAGACCAUCACAUGAUCUGCUAGGUCAUGUGACCACAACAUCCUCCACAAGAAAAAGUAGUAAAGACAAUUUGAAUUCUUCUAGACAGACAAGGCAGAUGAGUGUUCCAUCCGAGUCCUUUUCCGGUGCUAGAACAUCUAAAAAGUAUGAUGCGACUUCCUCCAGCUUAUACGGUGACACCAGUAGGACAGUCAGAGGUGGUGAUACUGCUGCUUCCAGGAGGCCCCAGGGAUCACUGACUGCUCGUGAUGUCCAGCAGGAACUUGACACGAUUCCAGGAGAUAGGUCAACGUUCACAUUAGGAAAUAGCAGUACUAUUGGAGCCAGGAGAGCUAGAAAUUCCCUGGGGUCUGAGGAUCUGACGGCAUCCAAUAUUCGCACAACGUCUACAACCCCAGGGUCAGCCAGGCGUGACCGAGGGAAUGGCAUCUUCUCACAUGGACAGACAACCAGCUCAAGUACUACCAACACCCGCUCAACUAGAGUUCCCCGUGCUCACCGAGACCAUGAUCCUCACCACUGAUACAUGUGAGCCUCUAUAACCUGGUCAACCGUUGGAUCACUGAGCCUUUGUAGCCUGGUCUAUCAUUGGAUUACUGUGAGCCUCUGUAGCCUGGUCUAUCAUUGGAUUACUGUGAGCCUCUGUUACCUUGUCUAUCAUUGGAUCACUGUGAGCCUCUGUAACCUGGCCUACCAUUGGAUCACUGAGCUUCUGUAACCUGGCCUAUCAUUGGAUCACUAAGCCUCUGUAACCUGACCUACCAUUGGAUCACUGUGAGUCUCUGUAACCUGGCCUACCAUUGGAUCACUGUGAGCCUCUAUAACCUGGCCUACCAGUGGAUCACUGCGAGCCUCUGUAACCUGGCCUGUCAUUGGAUACUGUAGCUCUCUGUAACAUGCCCUACCAUUGGAUAUCUGUGGUUCUCAGUAACCUGGUCUUCCAUUGGUUACUUGUGAUCCUCAGCCUGUCACCUGGUCUACCAUUGGAUACCUGUGAGCCUUUGUCUGUAAACUGGUCUACCAUUCUACAAUCAGCUCCAUGCCCUGGUCUUUCAGAUGACAUACAUGUGAGGACUUAAGAUCAGGAUGUAGGGAGCUUUGAGGUUGUCCUUUAGUCUGAGCGUCACUUGUAAUAUUUCACCAGGACAUGUACAUGGAGUAAAAACUUGCCAAAAUUUUACAUAUCAACUAUUUUUUUCUAUCCUGCUUGCAAAAUAUUUCAGCUGUUGAGAAAGGUGUUUCAAAUACAUUUUAUAGAAUGUGCUCAUUACUAUUGUUAGUACAUUUUAAAUUAAAACUUGCUGCAUGAUGAAUUUGAAAGGAAACAUAUGUUGUGAGACCCGAGCGUUAGUUGUAUUAUAAACCCCGCUGUACUGUAGGUACAACAACAAGACCCCCAUUUUUUAUCAGAUCUGGUUAUAAGUCAUUGCUGGCUUUAUACAAGUGUGAGGGCACUGUACUUAUAUCUUAAAUGUUUUAUAUGUUAUCUGGUUUGGAUGAAGAUUCUUUGACACAAACGUCCGUUGUUAUAAGGACCUAAUGUUAACUGUAUGUGUAAGUGUAUUAUGUUUCUAGGUACAAUCUUGCUGCAAUAUAAACUAUUGAUGUUUGAAGAAGCAGUGCAUGACUCCAUCAGAAAUUCAGAUGAUAAUUUUGUUGAUAAUCUUUCAGCAUUAUGUUUGAGUGUAAUGAAACAUGAUGAUAACUGAUUCAUAGCUAGUCAUACUGUCUCGGCCCACAAUGUUGAAAUGUAUUUAAAGAAAAAUAUACUUUAGUAAAUAAUUGAAAUAUACAUGUUAGUAUUACAUGUUGAGGAGAAUUGGCUGACCCUAGGUCAGAGAUCAUUUUUGUCUCAAUCCUUUGCAUAUAUGACAAAUGUCUAGGGUAAGAGUGAAAUAUAAUUUCUAUCUUACAACCCAUUCCACAUACAUGACGUCUCAACGGGACAAAAAUACCAAGACAUCACAAAAUCAGGAACACUCUGAUGCUGCGUUGUGGAUAUCACAAUGAUUUCUUGUGGUUUCUGAGCCAUUCUGGUGAUUGGCAUGACAGAAAAAUCCUCUAUCAUGCCCAGAGGUGUAGGAUAGGAAAAUUCCACACUCAGGAUUUUUAAAUGAUGAUGUAAAACCCUUGGCAAACCUCAGGCUUUUCCCUAUUUGAAAAACCCUUGGAUGAAAUUUCCCUAUCCUAAAAUCCUCAACAUGAAAGAGUCUUAUUAAAUAUUUUUUCCAACCUUGCCUUUGUACAUUGUGAGCUCAGUAAUUAGCCUAAUUUGACAAAUCUUAUUUUAUACAGAUUUUAUCUAGUUUAGCCAGUUUGUGGUUUAGGAGUAGAAAUUUUGUUUAUCAUCUUUGGGCGUAUUUGUGAGCUAAGAAGUAAGUUAUGAUAUUAAAUUAGGUACAGACAAUGGGUAUUAUAGAAGGAUUUACGGUAUUGGUAACUUCUUAAAACAAAACUCCUGAGUUGUAGACAAAGAAAGUGCUUAAUAUAUAUAUAUAAUACUCUAUCGACAGUAGACAGUAAAUAGACCCCAAUCUUCCUUUGAUUUAUGAAUUGUCUGUGAUUAAAAAAAAUGAUAACAAGUCCAGUAUAUGAAUGCCUUAGAUUUGCAUGACAAUUUCUCAUACUGAGGACAAUGACAAUUCCUUAUACCAAGAACAGGAAUUUUCUUACUCUGGACCAACAUUUUCUUGGUGUUAGAUCACUUUGAUCCCUCAAUAGUUAGACACCCUCUACAUUUUUGUGAUGUUGCAUUGACACAAAUGAGACCAUUUUAAUUUAUGUAAGACAUAUCAUUUUUUUUCAAGAAACAAUUCCUUUUAGAGUUUGGUUUUCUCAUUCCCCACAUUAGGGAUAAGGGGAACAGAAUAAUUAAACACCCCCUCCACCCUGAUGUGAAGCAGUGUAAUAACAUUUGAUAAGCGAUUAUCCUUUGUAUACUGGUAGUUGGAGCAGAGCACUUCAGUAAACAUCCAGGAUCUUGGUCAGUUAUAUAUAUAUGAUUGUCACAUUGGCUAUUAGCGUUAUGAUUAUUUUCGGUCAAGGAUUGAAGGGAUUACCAAUCUCUACAUUAACUAUAUUUUGUUUGAUGUGACUUUGUUUUGUUAGUAAUGCUGAAGACAUGUUUUUGUUAAAAUUUCAGCUGCAUGCUUGUUGACAUAUUGUUACAGAUGUUGUAACCAUAUUCUCUUCCGUGAGCUCAUAUGGUGUAUAUGGUCAUUUAGUUGAUUUAAUAUCUUACAGUAAUACUAUAGAUGUGAAUGACUUCUAGCAUACCUGGCCCAAAGGUCCCAAGUGUUUAGCUGAUGCUGUUGUGCAGUGUCCGUUGUCCAUCAGACAUUUACUUCUUACUUUAAUUGACUUCAGAAUAACCAACAAGCCGACGUUGAUUAUAGUUUGCCAGCAGCAUGCAAGAUAUGGUGGGCUCAAUUUUUUUCCCCAAAUCAAUGCCCAUGACCCACUUUCAAACUCAUAGAGAAUAAAUUUCUAAAACCUUCCAAAAAUGUCUUCGCAAUAACCAAUAAGAUACCCAGAGUGAUCAUAUGUGGCCAGCGAGAUGCUUGAAAAAAAAGAUAAGUUUGUUUGAAAGAUUGUUACCCUCUUUCAAAGUCUCAGGGUUCAAAUUUGUUAAAACAUUUCAACAAGUUCUGAAUAACAAAGGCAAACAUUGACAUUUUGCUGUGUAGUAUGUGUGAAUGUAUAAAGAGCUGUCAAGGUUGUUUAAAUGUAAUGACUGUGACCUUCUUUCAAAUCACAGGAGUCAAAUGUUUUAUAAAACAUUUUGAAAGAUUCUCUAAAUAAUCAAGUUGUGAAGAGGUCUAGGGUCAUAAAAUUAGCCUGUUGCAUGCUAGAGUAAAAGGCCAUCAAUUUUAUCACGUUGAUUCAUUUUUGACAUAAUUUGAAGGUCACAGCACUUAUAUUGGACCUCUUGUUAGUUGUUACAUUUUCUUUUGAAAUGGAAGGUAUUUUAAUAUUAGUAUCUAUAUUAUUUGAAUGCAGGUCUUAUAUACAUUUAUGAUGAGGGUAUUUGUACAAAAUUCUUACUAGUUUUGUUGCUGCUUCAAUAGCUUUAUUUCACUAUGGUAUUUUUUCAGUUUAUUUAGCCACUACCAAUCACCCUUCCUUCAUUUAUGAAUCUUGUGCUUAUUUUUAAAUUUUGCAAGUACAUUUUCCUAGUUCCUGAGUGCACCUGAUAUAAACAGCACUAACUUUUAUUGCAAAAUAUAAUUGACAUCAAAAACCCUAAGAUUUUUGUUUGGGGAUUCAUGUCUUCAAAAUAGCUACGGUCAUGGGUCAUAGGUGUCUGUGAUAAUGGUACUACCGAUGAAAUCUGUCUUUAAAGAUAUGAAGAUGAAUUAUUAUUUAAUUAGUAAAGUUAGGGUUGAAGAUAGAAACCUUUAUUUACCGAGUUAUGAAAAAGGUAAUUAUAUACAAGACCUUGUUGGAGUACGGUGUUUAUGAAGGCCUGAACAACCGGUAGGUCCGUUUUUAAAUGUAACAUAUUCGGGUAUAAAUCCCAACGGACCUGCAAAUGUUUAUGCAGGCCUUGCAAGGCUAACCUGAAAGCACCAUCAGAUUUCUGGGUUUGACCUUAUUUCAUAAACGAACAACUCUGGUCCGACCGGUUCAACUUUUUGGACAUCGAUAAACGAUAACAGUCCAGGUUUCACAGUGCUCUAUACAUAAAUGGAGUUCUUAUCUGGUAGAAGUACAAUAUGUCAUAGGCUAUGUGAGGAGUGUAUUAUCAAAUUUCUUACAUUUUUUUGUUUGCUGAAAAGAUACGAAAAAUUAGAAAGUUUGCUCUAAUUAGUACAAAAAUGUUGAUUUAUUGGAGAAAAUAAACCUGUUAAAAGUCCCAUUUAAUUUCACACCGAGUAUUUAUUAAUAAAUCUGAAUUGAUGAUAGUGCAA